AAUAAAUAAGACCUGGAAAUGGCAAAUUAUAAGAGAAAGCGAUCUGCUAAUUGGAUGGCAUCAGAAAAGACGCAGCUGGUAGAUCUAGUUACUGAGCAUUUUCAUGUCAUAGAAAAUAAAAGAACCGACGGGGUUUCAAUGAAGCAAAAACUUGCGGAAUGGACGACAAUAUCCAAUAAAUAUAAUUCGCAGACAACGCUUUCCCACCGUACUGCCGAAAAUUUGAAAUCCCAGUGGGAAAGUUUAAAAAAAGCUACCAAAAAAGAAGCAUCUUUUAAGAGGAUGCAUUUAAUUAAAACCGGUAAGUGUAUGUUACAAAAUUUUUAUGGCAAUUGUAUCUAUAAAUCUACAAAAACUUGUUUUUUCUUAGGUGGUGGACCAUCAAGGCCGAAGAUUGAUGAUCCUCUUCAAGAGAGGAUCCUGGGUCUUAUAACGCCAAGUGCUGUAGGUCUACAUAAUCCGUAUGAUAAAGAUAAUGUAAACGUUACAGAAAAUAUCACGGAAUCAUUUUCAGCAGAGGCACAUAAAAAGGACGAAUUAUUACAUACAAUUCCUGGCCCUGAGGUUCAGACUAAGUCAACACACCACGUUGAUACUAAUGAAACCAUGAAUAAUGUGGAUUGGGGCGAUUACACUCCAAACUGUCUAAAAACGCCUGUUUCAGAACAAUUGAAACCUUCAGGCAAAAAAAGGCCUUAUUCAGGAAAACGACUUGAAUGGAUGUCGAAAAGGCGGCCGCAACUUACGAGAGCCUCUCUUGAAAACUUGCAGGAGUUGAAGGGGAAGGCUAUUAAUGUCCAAAUCGAGCAUGCAGCUAAUGAGAGAGAAGAAGCUAAAAAAUUGUUUGAAAUCCAAAUGGAUAUACAACAAGAAAUUUUAAAACAAGAAAAAAUUAAAACUAGUUUGCUACUUUUAGAGUUGAGACAAAAAAAACGCAAAUAAAUAUUUAUUGCUUAUAAAAUUUGUUUUAUUGGUU